ACACCCUAUUUAGUAGAUGCAUUUUCAUUUGGGAAGGUCAAUGGCUGCGAAGGGUAUUUCUUGACCCAUUACCACGCCGAUCAUUAUAUGGGUCUCACUAAAUCAUGGGCGCACGGACCAAUAUAUUGCUCCAAAGUCACUGCCAAUCUGGUGAAAAUGAAGCUCAAGGUUGAUCCGAGCUAUAUUGUUGUGAUUCCUAUGGAUGUUCCCUUUGUUGUGGAUAAAGAUACGACGGUAGUACUUGUGGAUGCAAACCACUGCCCAGGAUCUGUAUUGUUCCUUUUUACUAUCAAAAAGAAGGGACGGACAUUACGGCACCUACACACUGGCGAUUUUCGGGCUAAUCCUCGAAUGUGCCUUCAUCCUCAUAUCCGACAACCAGAUAACCCACCUAUCGACUGUCUCUAUCUCGACACAACAUAUAUGGCACCCAAUCAUAUUUUCCCAGCUCAACAAGAAUGUAUCAAUGUUGUGUCUGAUCUACUUGAUAUGUGGUUAUCGUUUACUAAAAAACAAGAUAACAAGAAGUUGCUGAUAGUUGUUGGGACUUAUACGAUUGGAAAAGAACGUAUAUUUUAUGAUAUUGCAAAAAGAAUCAACUCCAAAAUUUAUGUGACGAGUGAAAAGAAGCGAAUUAUACUCUGUCAGGAAAACCCUGAAUUGGAGACGCUUUUAACCCGAGAUCAGCACGAAGCACAGGUACAUGUGAUUCCGUUGGGUCAUAUUAAACAAGAGCACCUCAAACCAUAUCUUGCUAGCCUUGAGCCUCAUUUUACAUCUUUGAUUGCCAUUCGUCCUACGGGGUGGUCUUUUUAUCCUCCGGCUGCAAUCUUAACCAAAGAUUUAUCUUUGGAAAGUUUAUUUAAACAGCCUUUUGCUGAGCCAAAGAUUAAGAUAAACACGGGCCCUGAAAAGGUGAAAAUCUACAGCGUUCCUUACUCGGAACACUCAAGUUUUCGUGAGCUAGCAGCAUUUGUGGGUAGCCUAGAGAUCCGAACGAUUAUCCCGACAGUGAAUGUCAGUAGUCUAGAGAGUAGAAACCACAUGGAGUCUAUUUAUGGGCCAUGG